GUGUUUAUCCUCUCUCUAUUGUACCGGGCCCGCUCCGUCGCUCGCUCUCUCUCGCUCUCGUAUCUCGACCGCGCCAGCCGUCCCUGUCGACGCGGAGACGAUGGACCGGGCUCCUCUGCCGGGCCCGACGACGCGCCCGGCCUGUUAGCGCGACCAGGGGCCGCAGGUGCCGCAGGGCACAGUGACCGGUGUGGGGGCGGAGGGGACGGGUUCAGUGCCGCCGGACCGCAGGGAGACCGUUCACCUGGCCCGCACCUUUACAAGGCCGCCAGGAUGAUAUGAGCACGGCUGGCAGACUAAGGAUGUCCUCUAAGAGGAAGUCGCCACCAACGAAGUUAUCGGAGGGCGGCGGGGGCACGGGGGCGGUGGCGGGGGCGGAGGAGGAGGAGGACACCAGCUCGUCGGUGGCGGCGGGCGCGCGCGGGGAGUCGCCCCCGGAAGAGGGAGGCCCCGGGGACCUGGAGGAGUGUUACUUCCUGCGGAGGCCGACGGACUGCGAGUCCUCGGGGUGCUCCUCCCCCGGGACGGCGAGCGAGCCCGACCCCCGGGCCACCCCCUCGCCCUCGCCGGGGUCGCGGCGGGCCACCAAGCGGCAGCGGGGACCCUUCCCCGGCCAGGGGGCCCAGGGGGUCCAGGAGUCGGCCCUGACCUACCACCACCCGCAGGCGCACCACCACCCCCAGCACCCCCACCCUCACCACCACCCGGGCGCCGCCGCCCCCGAGUCGGCCGGCGCCGAAGAGCGCGCCUCGCCCUCAACCCAGCUCCUCCUCGACCCCUACUACCCCCACCACCCCCUGCACCCCCACCACGCUCACCACCACCACCACAACAACAACAACUCGGUCACCCAGAACAACAACAACAACCAGCAGACCGCCGCCACCGGCACCAAGAGGUCCAUGGACGACGUCCUCAAGAGGCUCACCUGCAAGAUGAACAGCAGCUCCCCCUCGCUCCAGGACGACCGGAGGACACCACCCCCGCCCGCCUCCACCCCCAGCGAGCACAACGCGCAUAGCGGCGGCAGCAUCAUAGCGAACAGCGGUGCGUCCUCUCCCCCGAGCGGCGGGCGACUGCAGGGCUCGGAGGGCCAGCAGGACGGCGUGGUGGCGCUCCACCGGGUGCUCUGCGCGGAGAGCUUCGUCGAGAAGGAGCGCAGGCUCUCGGAGUUGAUCCUGCAGUUGCAGCUGCUUAGGGAACAACUAUUGCAGCAGCAGGACCAGUCCAAGACCUACCCUGGUCACUUGACCGCCGACCUGCAGAAGCAGAUCGACAUGCAGCUGCUGCAGACGGAACACCUGAAGCGGCAGCAGGAGCACAUCAUGCAGCACAACAUCCAGGAACUGCAAGCUCAGAUCUCGAAGGGGAAGUCCUGCGGGCCGAGGCCUCAGUCCCUGAUGUUCCUCCCGUUCCUGGAACAACUUAGGGGCCUUCCGGUUCCGGCGCAGAUGCCCCCACCCACGUCGACGGCGACCACUGGCAACAAGCACAUCAACUCCAUCGUCAAUAUGAUGAGCGGCCAUCAGGAAGGUCCGAGCUGGGCAACGGCCCACCUAGCGCAGAUGAGCACGCAGAUGGAGAAGGAGUCCUCGCCGACGCCGGCGUCGUCGGCAGUGGCGCCCGCCGCGGCGCCGCUCCCGGACCCGGACGCGCCGCUCAACCUGACCAAGCCCAAGUCCUCGUCCUCGGGGGCGCCGACCUCCUCCUCGCCCGGGAGCGACUCGCACUCGACGGGGGCGGGGAGCAGCGGCCACCAGGAACAACCCUUAGCGGCGACCGCGCCGAAGCUCUUCCCUCCGGGACUACCCCUCGCGCGGAAUUACCUGCCGAGUCUGCCCUACGCGGGACUUCCGCCACACCUCACCACCCUCUCUUCGCCGAUGAGCAAAGCGAUGGCCAAGGAGGAGGGCGGGCCCGGGGGAUCCGCAGCUGCGGCUGCAGUUGCAGCUGUGGAGAAGCACUUCGUCAUGCACGGGAUCUACGGGCUACCCCCGACGGCCGGGGCGAUGCCACCCUCCCCGCAGACCCAGAGGUCCAUAAAGCACUCCGGAUCCCGGGAUGAGCCCCAGCAGGAGGAACAGGACUUUAUGUCGACGCAGCACAUGUGGAGGGACUCGGGGUACAAGAUCCCGGAGGACAUCACGGAGAAAGCGAAAAUGGUGCGGCAACAGAAGCGAGACGGCGAGAACAAGCCACAUAUCAAGCGGCCGAUGAACGCUUUCAUGGUGUGGGCCAAGGACGAGCGGAGGAAGAUCCUGAAGGCCUGCCCGGACAUGCACAACUCGAACAUAUCGAAGAUACUCGGUGCGCGCUGGAAGGGGAUGACGAACGCGGAGAAGCAGCCCUACUACGAGGAGCAGUCUCGGCUGUCGAAGCUGCACAUGGAGAAGCACCCGGACUACAGGUACAGGCCGCGGCCGAAGCGCACCUGCAUCGUGGACGGGAAGAAGAUGCGGAUCUCCGAGUACAAGUCGCUGAUGAGGCAGCGCCGCCAGGAGUUGCGGCAGCUAUGGGGCCGAGAAGGGGGUCCGGAGAUGGGGUUCCUGUCGCCGGUGGGGGCGGACAUGUCGCAGCACCCGGGGGGAGCGGGCCCCUCGGCGAGGCCGUCGGUGUCGCCGCCGGCGAGCAUGCUGAACGGCGCCGGACCCAGCCAGGACCAUCCGUCCUUCUCGGCCAUGCCGUACUACUCGCCGGACAGCCUCUCGCCCCCGGACCUGAUCACCUUCUCCCCGGACAACUCCGGGUCCAUGGGCGGGUUCGACACGAGUCCCCGCCACCACGACGAGGAUUGAACCGCGGCUCCGGGUACCCCAUUGUGGCCGCCCGGAGCAUCCAGACUUGCCCACGAAUUAUUCUGGUAACCAAAGUUAGCCCUGCGGCCGACCGCCGGUCCCGCCCGGCCAGGGGGAGGACGGACCCCCCGGGGGCCCGCCGGGCCACCCCCCGGGGACUAGGGCGGACGACCCCCAAGCAACCCGUUCCCCGGGUGCACGACUUCUCACCUGCUCAACCGCGCUGCUCUCGCUAUGAGGCGAGGGGCCUCUGCGGACGCCUCGCCUGGCCCCGGGGAGGAACGGGGCCCGAUACAAUAAUCAAAAUGCUACCAAUCGAAACUCGCGUGUGAUAUAGGGCCGGGGCCCGACUUGGGGCCUCUUCGGGGUUCUUGGGACGGGUCCUAGAUCCUCCGAGUGAGGCCCAUACGGACUAUGCGUGCCUCGUGAUUCGGGGUUUGUGGGCCGAAAAUGGUCCGUAUAGGUCGACUGGUGCGCGAUUCCUCGCUCGUAAAUUAACCGUGUAGGUUGAUCGCUGCAGGUGUGGGUGGUGUUUCGCCGUCUCGGUGGAGAACUUGUCGCACUCGAAGAGAUCCUUGUACCGCGCGAGGAGAGACGCUUAGACGCGUCCGUCACACGCUCGUCGUCCAAUCUGGUAUAAUUAGUGCUAUUCAUCGAUGCGACAAACUUGUACUUGAGGUGGGGCACCACGAAUCGAGAAGCACGGACCACGCAUUGUGCGUGAGGCCGGUUUGUCGCAUCAACGAGUGUGUACGAAUUGGCGGCCUUAAAGGCCCCUACAGGCUGUGCGUAGUUCGUUACUCGAGUCUCGUGGCGAUAGUGUAGAACGAUGUAUCUCGUCUUCUCGGCGGAUAAACAUGACUCAAAGAGGUCUUACCGCUCCAAGACAAGACUCCCGAUGUGGAGUACCAGUUCGUCGCAUCGAGGAGUCCCCACUAUCCGCGCAUAGUGCCGAUUUACGCACAAAUCCUCGCCGCGAAUGGGCCCCCUCCCGUGGUCCCGAAGGUAACGUCUCGUAACCUUGGGUCCUGUGUCGAACCGGAGCCAGACUUUUGGAGACCUUGACAAAAUCGACCAGUCGACUGGCGUCGGUACCUCGGCCCCGAAGAGCGCUUAUCAACGAAUCUUCGUGGGGGGUCCCUUUGCAAGGGACGCGACCCAGUGCACUCCGAGACGCGUAGACCGAGCCGCGGUGCGUAGGGGGUCGUAGGAGGAAAGUGUAAGGCAAAGGAGAAGCCCACCUCGCACAACGAGAGAGAGAGACGUACGUAUGUAAAAUCUUAAACCUAAUUUCCGUAAGACUGCCGAAAGAGAGAGACAGUACCCGCGCGCCGACUGGGACACGUUAGGAAAGUUUCCCCCGUGGCCGCGUCUUUUGGGCCGCAUCUAGGACGGUAGGGCCCUUGGGCCCGGUCGGGACGUGUGGACGGGAUGCAGAUUGUCAAUCGCUAAACGAUGGGAACUAUGGAAACGAUUAAAAAGACACGCCGCGGCGAGGGAGGAGGGAAACGUCUCUGGGGUCGCUUCUCCUCCCCCAUCUUGCUGACCGUUUCCGAAGCUUGCCGGACACUUUGGGCCCUAUUUACGGCGACGGGGUCCGCUCUUCAGGACGCCGGGUCUUGUUCCUAUUUCCUUCUAGUGUGUCUACGUGCCGCGGAUACUCCAGACCCAAUUGGCGAGUUUCCCGGGCGAAGGGCGCGAGUCGGUCCCGGCAUUUUGGGCCUUACGCGUCAGGCCCACGGAGACCCGACGAAAGAAGGUGGGGGGAGGAUUUGCGGAAACCGCGCCAAUUUGUGGGAAUCGCCAUAAUUCGCGAUAACAAGAGGAGGGCAUAACUCUCCCCUUCGACCGGGGUUUACGACUCCAUAUUAAACGUAAACACUUAGUACUUAUAGUAUUUUCAUCGUUAAUUUAUUGACCCUAAUAUUAAUGGAGGGAUGAACGGGAUCACGCCUUUUGGGAAACGGGGAGGGAAAAUUGUGCGUCGAGGGUCUGUACUCGUGCAGGCGGUUUUUUCCUUUUUUUUUCUUUUUUUUUUUAUCUUUUUAUAAUGGCGACUCCAUGAAAUUCUUUGACCAAAAGAACGAUAUAUCACGCGACGAGAAAUCAUGAGUUUCCUUGAAAUUGGGUAUUAAUUAACGCGCUUUAAAUCGCAUUCGGGAUAUGCAACUAUAAAGAUAGCCGAGAGAGUAAAUUUGGAAUUAGGGAGAGAGAGAGAGAGAAAUGCAAAGCGUUUGCAGGAAUUCACGGUAAACCGUCGAUAACGUUGACAUUCUCGCUAACCAGUGAUACACAAUUUCCUGGCGACACUUUCUGCCCCGGCAUUUCCUGUCGGGAGCCAUUAUGGAAAAGGGAGAAAAGUGUAAAAAAGGAACGCCCACCAUCCGCGGGGAGGAAAAAGAAAAAAAAGCGGCGAAAAACGGAGAGCAAGAGGAGGGGAGAAAGAGCGCCGAGUUAUAGCGAAGCUGUUACAUAUAUAUAUAUAUAUAUAUAUAUAUAAAAAAUAUACAUCGUAAGGACGACGAGCGAAUUAGUGUUAUUUAUUAAUCGAUACGUAGACUAACGGUGAAAUGAUUACGUAACGUUAUAUCGUUUUAGCAGGAGCACCGCGUUACCGUGUCCCCUUAAUUUCCGCGUCUCCCCCCAUAAAUAUCUGUUUUCUUUUUCUCUCCUUUUUUUCUUCUUUCCCCCGUCGUUUUGUUUUCAAUUAAACACCUUUUUCAUCGUUUUCGCGCCGCCGAGUCGAGACUCGGGAAAAACGGUCGGAUCGACGGCGAUGUUCCCAUCCUGGGAUAUAUGACAUUAUUAUAUAAUUAUUAAGCAUAUAACGGGACCGCCAUGGAACAAUGCGCUGCACUGAGAAAGGCAAAAUCCAUCGGACGAGAGAGAGAGGGAGAGAUAUAUCCUAAAUUCGAGGAAUAGUCAUAUGACUCAAUAAAUUGGAUGCUUCCUUGGGAUUGUGACAAUUAGCUUGAAUUUCUUCCAGUGAGUGUUCUUCUAAUAAUUAGUCGUCGGAUUAACGAGAAGUCUCUUUGGUACUGCUUCUUCGGUAAAAUGAAUUCUCUCGUAUUUAUUUCUCAGUGUACGUAAUUAUAUAAUAUACGCAUAUAGACGGGUAAAUCACAGUAAAGAGGAGGACGGGGACGGUCGUCGGGCAACGCGAGGAUAUCGGGCAAUCAGCAGGGAGGAGCUUGAUGUGAUAUAAUACUUAUGUGCCAAAUAGCGCUUUCGAGGGCGAGAGGACUAACCGGGGAGCCUCUAGCUCCGAUAAUCGCCUGUAUAAUCGUCGGCUCGACAUAAUCCCGGGGCCCGACUUAACAUUAAACGUCUACAUUGAUUUCCGCGGCCCCUUCGUUAUUUAGAAUCAGUGCAAUUAUGAUACAAGGUACCUAAUAUAAUUUUAUAAAGAAACGGGAGGGAGAAAAUGGCAAGGGCGAACGAAAGAGAGAAAAAGUGCGUGCGAAAGAGAGACAGAGUGGCAGAACCGUCGGGCGCGUGCGCAGCGCGGUCUAGGCUAGCUUAAUGUUGACAUAAUAUUUAUUUAAUGUAUAUAAUGGAUUUGUACAAUGCAUCGGGCCGCGUCCGCCGAAUGGCGGGCCGUAGCACCGCGUAUAUACAUAUAUACAUAUUAUAUAUUAUUAUAAUUAAUGUACAGUGUAACUAUAUUAAUUGUGAUGUACCUACAUAGUCGCGUAUGUAAUUACACUCAAUUGCAUAUAUAUAUAUAUAUUUGAAUUUAUAUAUAUAUAUGCAUAGGCCGAUAACGUUAACUGUAAACGAUACUAUUGCCACUAUCGCUAUUGCCGCUACUACUAAUUACUCUAUUACACCGCUAUUUACCAUCGUCAACCCUGUCUCUUCCGUUACUCGCUACUCUAACGACACCUCGGCUGCUAUUUGUUAUGUUAUUUAAGUAGUUAGGCUUAAAUAGUGGUAUACGGUUUAUGCGACCACUCCGGCAGGCUGAGACGAUCGUCUGCCGAUCUAAUACUCAAUCGGAUCUUCGCAUCUCUAGGUCACUCGCAUUUCUCAUCCGCGUUUUACACGUCCCCCGGAAUCCUUCGGUCGGUCUUCCUGAAGUCUCCUUCCUCGUUGUUUAAUGAUCCUCCUUGCCGGCGCGCUGGAUCUCCUGAUAGUGAAAUUAAUAGUCCCACUUGAGAAAAAAAGAAAUGUGAAAAAAUAAGGGGGAGAGUAGUAGGAGGAUAGAGGGAAAGUAAAGGAGAAGGAACAUCUUGGAAAUCGCUCUCCUCCGCUUCUUGGAUGGAGGGUUCUCUAUCAUUGGCAAAUGAUCUUUCCCACGACGGUUAACGUUUUUGCCAAUGUUCCCUUAAAUGGCCCCGAUGGCGCGAUCGCCCCGGUGAAUUGUUUAAUAAAUUAAUUAUUAAGUAACUACCUAUGUCGUUGGUUACCUGCACAGGCUGGGAUUGGCAAUCGGGAUAAUCGUUUCCUUUCUCCCGGUGGAUUCCAAUUUAAUUAUCCUCCUACUGCCUCGAGAUUGAUUGGCUAAUUAAGGAUUUUUCGGGCCGCUGGCGAACGCGCCUUCGGGGAUGUUUAUAUCGACCCUUUUGUCGAAGUCGCGACUGGUUCUUUUCCACACUUCCGGUGGUCCCUCCCUUGCGAGCUUCCGGUCUCUCUCUGUCUUUCCCUUAGAGCGGCGGAAUCCUUCUCGGACAAGUAGGAAUAGUAAAUUAUAAAAUCAAAUUACACUAAUAAUAUUAACGAUAAUACCUUACGUAAUGAAAACUAACCAUCCAGUCUCGAUAUUCCAAGCACUCGCGAUUCAUUUACGUGUACGUUGUUGUUAAUGGUAAAAAGAAAAAAAAGGAAACGAACGAUAACGAGGUAUAGGUGUAAGGAAGUAAUUGCGCUCCACCUAAAUGAAAAUCCAUACGUUUAGCUUCGUAGAGGCGACAAGUUAGCUAGGUGAUAACGUCCUGUAUAUGUACCGAGGCGACCGUGUAAAUAGAUACGCAAUUCCGCGAGCCGUCGACAUUAUUCCCUAAUCGUGGCCCUGGCCUGACAUUAUCUAGUUAAACACGCGUUUGCGAGUAAUUAAUAGUUAGACACGGGGCGAAAAGGGGAAGAAGAAGAAGAAAAGGAGGAAUCCAAACCGCGCUAAAUUGCACAGUCGGCGAAAUCUCGGUUAUCUUUCACGGCACCGCAAGGCUGACUUUCUCCGUGGGCCUUGCCACGUGACAAAUGAACUUGACAUUACUCAUUAAAGGGGUUCAGAAUACGAGACUCGUUGUCUAGUUACGACGAGCCAGGCUAAAUAUCGCAGAUAAUGACUAGGUCAGAGUUUCUUAAGGGGUCGUGAAAGUGGUCGAGGGGUCGGUCGUUCAUGAAACCUUUCUCCAAAGUGGGUGUACCGAAUCGUUUCAAACAUUACACAGUGAUUACAGAGACCAUAAGGAAAGUCCCGACACCCAUGGAAUUGAAGCGUCUUAACUUAAAUCUAUAAACAAAUUUAAAAGAAAAUAUUCUCUGGGGAAGAGUUUCAUUAACGAGGCCACUUCGACGUAACUUUGACAUCGCCUUAAUAUAGCGUAACAUCAUACGUAGCUAAAUGAGGGAACGCAAUUAAAUGGUAUAAAUGAACUCGGAAUGGAAAAGUCACCGCUAGGAAGGGAUGAGCGCGUUGUUGGGCU